AAAAAUUUAACCAAUAUUUAGUUUGAAUAUUAUCAUGUUCUGAGGUAUUAUAGGAGCUGCCAAGAAUUGUAUUCCUAAGAAUUGCAUAGCAAAGAAACAUAAAUGUUCCUAUUUGCCAUUUUAAUUGGGAAGCAGACAUGCUAGAUUCCUGAUCAAUCAUGGCGAACCUCUUUAAGAGACAGAAGUGAAGCUGUGACUGAAGCGGAUUCUCCUGGGAUCUGUAGUGGAAGCAGCAGGAAAAGGAGGAGGGGAGGGCAUCACAUGGGAAGCAGUCAGGCUGCUGUCACAUGGUUUGUGUUUGCAAGUUCAGUUAAAGCGGAGGAGGAGUUUGCACAGAAGUUUGAGAAAGAGGAACAACUGCAGCAUUUUUCAUGUGGCCUUUCAACAAGUUGAAACACUGAACCAUAAAGUGUGGAGGUGCUGCUUUUGAUCAAAAAACUCAACAUUAUUAUGGAAAUCCCUGCAAUAAACUUAAAGGCGAUAGUGCUGGCACACUGGCUGCUUACUGUGUGGGGCAGCAUGGGCCUUCUCUCAUCUUAUGCAUGGAGUAACUUCAGUGUUUUAGCAGUUGGAGUGUGGGCGAUUGCGCAGAGGGACUCCAUUGAUGCUGUUCUCAUGUUUCUUAUGGGACUGGCUGUCACGAUACUGACCGACAUUAUCCAUUUUGGGAUCUUUUAUCCACCGCAGCUACUUGUGGCUGUAUCUGGCUUUUCUGCUGGCAUGGCCAUCCUCAGCCUGCUGCUUAAACCCGUUUCCUGUUUCUUUGUCUACCAAAUGUACCGUGAACGAGGAGGAGAUUACAACGUCAACUUCGGUUUCCCAACUGUAUCUCGAAAUAGAGACACGUAUCAGUCCAUCGACCAGCAGGAUGAAUCUUCAGGUCCAACAAAUCCCUUCAACCAGGCCCCAGACACCAAACCAGGAGUCCGCACUUAUUGAGAAAAGUACAUGAUUGAAAAUGCAGUCUGUUUUUUGUUUCUCACUUUUUAUAUGCAGAGUUAUAAAGGCCUUUAAGAUCAAUUUAAAAUAGUAUUGCGGGGUCACUGAGCUAAGCCAAUUGAAAUAAUCUGUUUGGGUUUUAUAGUAAAAUAUGCCCAUUACAUUUUAGCUGAGGUUCUGAAAGAUUUCUGCUUCAGUGCCACUGAAGAAAAUAAUCAGACGACACGCCAUGGUUUACAGUAAUCCUUUGAAGCUGGUCUCUGAUUCUUUUAGCAGAACACUGUUGGAUAAAUAAGUAACUUUUUGACUUGCAGUCAAGUUUUCUGAAGCUUGAAAACAUGUCAAAAACAAAAAAUAUAUAGGAUUAUAUAGACACUUUUAAAAAAAGUGUCUAUAUAUUUUUUUUAAUGUACAUUCAAGACUUGAUACCAAUACUGAAUUGAAAUAAGUUUUCAUAUAGAUGAGUCGGAUAUUAAUUUCUUCACAGAUUGGUACAGUUUUGUUUGUGUAUGUUACCAAGAAAAUCACCACUAUGUCUAUUGUGAAAAUGACCAAAUAUCGUCUGUAUGAUGGUUCUAACGCGUUCAUUUUAAACACCGAGCCGACUUAAUAAUAGUCUCAUUGAUCUUUCACUUAUUCCCUUAAAAGUGAAGAGUUUCUAACCUGCUUUCAAAAAUGCCGUCAUGAAACGGCACUUCAUCUUAGAAUACCAAUUACUCGCAGACCUCCUACUGUGAAGUAUCUCAUAAAUGCUGAAGGGUUAUGUGAAUUUCCCCACAAAUAUAGUCAUAUAGACUCAUGCUCAAGAAAUUAUUUUUUUUUCCCCUCAUUGAAAAUGUUUUAUGCACUGUGGAUUGCAUUUAUUUAUAUAUUUUUUUCAGUUUUCAUGUCUGUCAGAGGUUUUCCUGUUGUAGACCUUACAUCUGCCUCAGAAUGGGGACGUUGUAACUCUGCUGAUCACGUUUCUGGUGUGUGAAACUGUCAGUCCUCAGCUAAACUGGGUCAAACCUUCUUAACAUGUUUGUAUACAGUAAGUGCCGUAUCUGUGUGAACAUACUUCAUCACAACAUUUCAACCAUAUCUAAACACACAAAUAUUUAGCUCACUUGUUUACUUCUAUAUCCAGUUUUACCCGAUGCAGUGCUGUGAAAAAAUGUUAACUUCUUCUGUUUUACCUGUCACACCUACAUGUUUUAAAUCAUGAAACAUGUGAGAUAAAGUAUUAUAAUGAUAGACGAUGACCUCAACUGAGGCAGAUGACGGCAGCGCUUUAAACAUUCUUGGUUAUUUUUAUGCUGCAUGGGUGAGUAACUGAUGAACCCUUGGAGUAACUUUAGUAGAGCAGCCAUGAGGGAAAAGCUCAGCACUUGUUCCUGUUUUCUCAAUUUGUGGAUCAUUGCUUUUGAUGUGGUUUGCUUUGUGAAACCUUAAAAAUGGUUUUAUUACCAGACAGAUGGAUGUUGGUAAUAUUGUUUGAAAUCUUUUGGUCUGCUUCAGGUUUUUAUACAAUUUGAACCAAGUUUAUUUGGAUACCAUUUUCUUUAAAUGAAAUUAUAAAAUAUUUAAGUGUGACAUUGAGAGAAAAACAGAGAAAAUCUUUAAAGACCUAGUUCUUUUUACAACAUGGCAAUGUUUAGUCUGCAAUUUACAGAACAAAAUGUACCUGCUGGAUUCCUUAACAUUUUGUUUUGUAACACACUGUUAAUUUAUUGCACCAUGAUUAUUUUUCUCUGUAUCUGUGCUCUGACUGAAUAUUUUGCCUAAAAUUGAUCACAUUGGUUUUGUUAGUUUAUUUUGAUUUCUCAAAAUAAAACAAUUUAGCCAUUUUCAUUUAAAACGUAAAUAACAAAGUACAAUGUAUAUCAUCUCAAAUGAAUUUUCAGCUGCUGUGAUUUAGAUCUCUGUUUGGAGUUUAGUCACAGUUGGCAUUUUCUGACUGAAGCGAGUUGCAUCUUGGCAAAUGCUUGACUCAUUUUUUUUUUUUCCUUUGUCGCAUUUCUGUUUCCCCCUCACCCUGCUGCUCUCAGAAACCUUUUUGUUGUUUGCCUUUUUAUUUAUACUGCCAGACAGCAAGCACAUUUAUCGGUGUGUUUUUGUUGUGGUAAAUGCUUUUCACACUCUAUUGUCUCCUAUGAGAACUAGAACACCUUCACUCUGAAGUAAUUUUCUUUUCAAAGCUAUUCUGAAGCUCACACAGCUGGCAUAGAAAUAAUGGCAAUACUGAAGGGAAUUAUAAGAAGCAUGGAUUUAUUGUUCACAGAAUUUGAAUGUGGAAAUUUGACCAAUGAUGUAGCUUCACAUUCAUUACACCUCUAAAAAAGAAGUAAGAAUUCCUCAAUUGAUUACAAGAUUCAGUGUCCGUCGACUGUAACGUUACCCUAAAGAUUUUUUUGUUUGCCUGAUUUUCUGUAUUAGGUUUGGAAACUCUCUGGGUUUAUGGGUAAGAAUCUUGUCGCCUGUUUGUA